AUGUGGAAGUUCAAACCUUUUGCUCAGAAAGAGCCUGCGGGUCUCGAGGGUCGAUUUCUGGAAAUAGGAAACCUCAAAGUUCAUGUGAGAAACAUCAUCGCCGAAGGAGGUUUCUCCAGCGUUUACUUAGCUCAAGACACGAAUCAUCCAUCAAAGCAGUAUGCUUUAAAGCACAUGAUAUGCAACGACGAGGAGUCGCUUGAGCUCGUGAUGAAAGAGAUCUCUGUUCUGAAAUCUCUUAAAGGACAUCCGAAUGUCGUCACGCUCUACGCGCACGGGAUCUUGGAUAUGGGGAGGAACAAGAAAGAAGCUCUCUUGGCUAUGGAGUUUUGCGGUAAGUCUCUUGUGGAAGUGCUUGAGCACAGAGGCGCUGGUUACUAUGAAGAGAAGCAAGCUCUUGCUGUUUUCAGAGAUGUGUGUAACGCUGUCUUUGCAAUGCAUUGUCAAUCUCCACGCAUUGCUCACAGAGACUUGAAGGCUGAGAAUAUUCUACAAUGCUCAGAUGGACAUUGGAAAUUAUGCGACUUUGGAAGCGUCUCGACGAAUCACAAGAUCUUCGAAAGAGCAGAAGAGAUGGGCAUUGAAGAAGACAACAUUAGAAAAUACACAACACCAACAUAUAGAGCUCCUGAGAUGUGGGAUCUCUUUCGAAGGGAGAUUAUAAGCGAGAAGGUCGAUAUAUGGGCUCUUGGAUGUCUUUUGUUUCGGAUAUGUUAUUUCAAGAAUGCUUUUGAUGGAGAAUCAAAGCUACAGAUUCUAAACGGGAACUAUCGUAUACCAGAAUCGCCAAAAUACAGUUCGGUCGUUACGGAUCUCAUUAAAGACAUGCUUCAAGGUUCACCUGAUGAACGACCAGAUAUUUCACAGAUUUGGUUUCGUGUCAACGAGCAGCUUCCUGCUAAUUUACAGAAGUCAUUACCCGAUCGACCACCUGAAAUGCAGUCUACUGGAGUCAAUGAAGGUUUGUCAAAACCAGCAAGUAAAUCUUCUCCUGCACCUCGUAGAAGUCCGCCACCACCACCACCAUCUUCUGGAGACUCGGCUAGUGCAGGAGCGCUCGGUGCCUUUUGGUCAACUCAGCACGCUAAAACCUCGGUUGUUGUAUCAGAAGACAACAAAAGCAUGCCUGUAUUUGAUGAACCAAACAGUCACAACGGUAACACUUCUAAAUCAGAAAGAGUUCGUGUGGAUAGUCACCAUCCUAAAAAGCCUAGUCCUAUGAGAGGAGGAGAGGCUCGUGCUACGCAGAGAAGUAAAGAUCUUGAAGCUACAGUUUCUAGUCCUGCUGCAACCAAUAACAGGACAAGAGUGUCAAAGGACGACGCUUUUAACUCGUUUGUUGCUGACUUUGAUACCACGAAGCUCGAUAAUAAUGGUAGUAAUAAACCUGCAAAAGAAGAGGCUUUGGAGGCUGAGAUAGAGAGGUUGAAAGAUGAGUUGAAGCAAAUGAAUUCAGAGAAGGCUGAGAUUACGGCCAAGUUUGAAAAGCUUUCUGCUAUCUGCAGAUCGCAGAGGCAAGAGUUGCAGGAUCUCAAGCAAACACUUGCCUCUAAAACCGCGUCAUCAUCACCGAGCAGAGACUUUUUGCAAAAUCAAACCUCUCCAGGGAUGCGUUCAGUGUCAUCAACUCCACCGAGAGAUAAGGUUGGAGCAACUGUGUGGGAUCUUCAGCAAGACAGAUCUGAUUGGUCAACAGGAAGCUCAGAUCCAAAUUCAUGGCAACCGUUCAGCGAUGAACCGAAACCGGUGGUGGAAUCUGCAUCAAAGGGUAACAACAAUACCAUUAAUAAUCAGUCUGUGAGAACCAAAAGUAAAUCUGCUUCUUCUGCUCCUGCUCCAGCAAGUUUUGAGCCAUGGGGUUUUGAGACAGAAUCGUUCAGAGCUGCUACAACAUCUUCAGGUUCAGCUUCAGCACAGAGAUCUGUAAGCUCUGCAAACACUCCACAGAGAUUUGGGAACUCAAAGAUGAGAGAUAACCAGAAAACAGCUCAACCUGCUGGAUGGGCUGGCUUCUAA